AUGCAUAGUCAUAUCAGAAAAAAACAAAAAAGAGGCUCCAGGAGGCCUAUACCCUUUUACAAGCAUCGGAGUAAACGCACUGAAACUACUAUUCAUAUCACAAAAACCAAGAGCUUUGAAAUUUCUACCGAAACACUCAAGACCAUCAUCAAAUUUGGUAUCAAGGAUAUCGCGGUCCCAUUAAGCCUUCCAGGCUCUGAUCAUGAGCUUGAAAUUUACACCUGUGCUCUUUUAAAUCACCUGGAAGUACAAUGUUCAACGGAUUCCCCUGUAAAAUUCUUACUACUCAAAUUUUCUGAUCCGAAGUUUCUCCCCGAGACUGAUGCGGCCAGCAAAUGGGUCGACAAACGACUAGACAAUUCUUCUGAUUUGCAACCUUUAAUAUCAGCACUUGAAAAGAUUUUGGAGAUGAACAUACCCAAAGCUUACAGGACAAACUUCACUGACAUAUACAAGUCAGCUUGUCACAAUAUCUUCAAAUCUUUUAAAAAUUACCCUGACCUUCACUUCACUGAGAUUAAAGGGGCUCUCACAAUCUCUGACAUUAUUCACAGAGUCAGCUCCUUCAAUGUCUUUCGACGUGACAAAUCUAUAAUCACCGAGGAACUUUGUGAUACACAAUUUUUACAUAUCUCAGAGUAUGCUCUAAUGAACAUGUCACCUGCUUCAAUCUUUGCAAAGACUUUCAGUUCGGCAUUACAAUACUGCAAAAACUACGACAAGUUUUCAACAACCAGACAGAGCAGCUUUGAAGCAGCUAAACGCGCCAUCAGCUCUGGUGUCGGUGAACUCGAAGAUCUACACAGAACUAUUGAUAAAACCACUUCCACCUUGCCAAAAUCUGUGCCCGCUGGAUCUUCUCACAAUACUCGAAUUGACUACGAAAGUGGCGACUCCAGUAGAGUAACCGAAUCGAAAAGACCUGCUGAAAAUAGCGAAACUUACGACACCCAAGACGAUAAUAAUAGGAGGAAAAAACGUCGUAUGUCUUAUACCAGCAGUAAUGAGCUCCAUGGUGACAAUAAAGUUUUUUAUCAAGCUCCAAUUUCUACAGUUAGCACCGGGAAUCUUUCUACUAGUGACAAGUCUGGAUGCAGAGACACUCAAGUUUGCGACCAUGAGAAUCAGAAUGCCCACGAACAACCAGAUGUUAGCGAGUCCAUACCCGCUAAUACUGACUUUCUUAUUACCACAGGAUCUUCUUACCACUACACUGGAUUUCUCAGCAUCCUGUGUAAUGUGCGCAAGGUCCCAGAUUCUUCUAACAUUUCCAACAAUUAUGGCACUAAUUUGCCAGCUGCUAAACUCAUGGGCGAUGUAAUCAUUGAUAUUGACUACCAGGGAAAACCUUGCUAUCUCUACAAUGUUUACUACUUUCCCGGUACCACGCUAAACGUAUACUCAAACACACAUAAUUUCUCCGAUGGUUCUGGUAAUGAAAUUAAUUUUAUCACUGAUCACUACAAUCGGUCUAUCAUUGGAGCAAGAUCCGCUUAUACCGGGCUCGAGUUCCAGUUGUGGACCAAGAACCGUCUCCAGUUCUUUCGCACACCAAUGUUUGACGCUGCAAGCAUUCUUCGUGCAUCCUGUCCAUUGGGUGCAGAAGUUGACCUGCUAGGCAUGGGGUUUAAUGACGAAUUCGAUCCUGAUCUGUCUGUCAAUGACAUUGAUCUUGACGAUUACAUUGAUCUUGACGAUUACAUCGAUAUUGACGACGAUGACAGUAAUAGCUCUACGACAGCCUCUUUAGACACCUCACCUCUGCCCCUUCUUACUGAAAGACACAGGCAUAACAAGGCCAUCGGCAGUAUUUGGCAUAUACGCUGCGGCCAUAUUAAUGAUAAAAAAAUUGACCUUCUCGCUAAGCACAAACUCGUCACUGGGUUACCUUCCGAUAUCUUUUGCCUAGAUCGGUGCUCCACAUGCAUUCAAGCAGAGCUAUCUUUUGGUGCUUUCAUUCGCAAUGCCAACUCUAGGAGUAAUCCAUUCGAACGCCUUCAUGCUGAUAUUAUUGGUCCCUUUGCAAAAGGUAUCAAUUCCUCCCGCUACUGCCUCGUAGUCACUGACGAGAUGUCUGGUUACCUCUUCCUGCGCCCACUCAUUUCGAAGAGCUGCCUUGAGACAAGCGAAGCUUUGAGCUCCAUCAUCACUGAAAUUAUCAACGUUUUUAAGCGUAGACCCAAGUACUUUUUUUCCGACCAAGGUGAAGAGUUCCUUGGUUUGGAAAUGAAACAGCUUCUCUACAAGCAUUCAAUAUGUAAAGCUGAUACAACUAAGGACACUUCGCAGACUCAAAACUUUAUUGAAAGAUACGUACGAACAGCAAAAACACACAUCCGUUCUCUGCUAUUUCAUGCUCAUCUACAAGAAUCUUUCUGGGACAUUGCCUGCGCUCAAGCGGAAUUUCUUUACAAUGCUACUCUCCUUGACACCAUUAAUGGAAAGUAUACUACCCCAUAUUAUAUUGCUCAUGGCAAACCCGCUCGUUUUGGGAACCUUCGUAUAUUUGGUUGUGAUGUUAAAUACAGGGAACUAGGUUCCGGCAACAGUCGUUCCACACCAGAAGUUUUUGGAAUUUACCUUGGCAUGCCGCACAAUGACAGGAAAUGCUUCUUCGUGUUCAAUAUUGUUACUGCGAAAGUAAUAAAGGUGCGUGACAUCGUUUUCUAUAAAAGCAGAUUUGUACAGCAAUCCAUGAUCAAUUGGAAAUCCCAGGCUCCCUCAGCCCCGUAUUUCGAUAUACUCGACACUACUGCCUCAAACUCUGAUGAACCAACCAUCACGACUCAUAGUGAAUAUAUUCCUAUCCCUUACUCAUCGCAGGCUCAAAGGUCAACGUCGAGUGCAUCGACUUUAGCAAGAUCCGGAUUGGGGCGGAUGCCAUUAAAUAUACAAUUGGCACGCAUCGCCUUGCCAUCCCGCAACUCUGCACCACGACACACUGGCGCACGACCGGGUUCCAAGUAA